CCCCACCCCGAUCGCACAGCGCCGGCGAAACCCUAGCGACGAAAUCCCCCCAAAUUCCCCUUCCAAUUUCGCCGCGCGGAGGUUCGGGAUCGCGGGGCCGCAUUCCGGCGGGGAGGACGGUGGAGGAGGAGAUGGCGACCUCCCGCAAGAUGGCCCGCGUCGACAUCGCCGAGCUGAAGCAGCGGCUGGUGAAGCGGCUGGGGCGGCAGCGGGCUGGCCAGUACUUCAUGCACCUCACCAGGCUGCUGAAUCUGAAGCUCACCAAGGUGGAGUUCGAUAAGCUGUGCUACGCCACCAUCGGGAGGGAGAACAUCGCGCUGCACAACGCCUUGAUUAGGGGGAUCAUCAGCAAUGCGCUGUCCGGGGUGCCCCCGCCGAGCCGCCAGGCGGUGACGGGGCAGUCGGGGACGACCACGGCUCCGAGCGGGCAGUGCGUCGGCGUCGCGCUGCCGAACGCGGGGAAUGUAGGUGCUGUGGUGGAUUCGGGCGAUGGUGACUUUGCGAGGGAGCGGGCGGUGGUCGGCAAGGUGUUCUCGGUGGAGGAUGGAGAGGAGGUGGAGCAGGUUAGGUCUGCCCCGUGUGUUCAGAGCCGAAGCCCAAUAACUGCCCCAUUGGGGAUUUCAACUAAGCAAUGCUAUGGUGUGAGGACACGGAAGUUGGAUGAUCCGAUGGUUUCAUGUUAUGAUUCUGGCCAUCUGCUGGAUACGGGUUCUUUGUUCAAGGGUUUGCAGCGCCGGUUGGAGAGUGAUGGCAUUGGAGUGACAGUGCAGGGUAUUGAAGUUUUAAAUCGGGGGUUAGAUGAGUUUUUGCGGAGGUUAAUUAAACCAUGCAUGGAAUUGUCCAGGGUAAGGUCCAGCGGUAGAAGAGUCAGCAAAGGCAAUGUGAUGUUUCCCGCUAGGACAGAUGGCUUGCAACAAGCCAAUCGUGGUUGUACAACAGUACAAGAUAUUGCUGUUGCUGUGGAAUCUGAUCCACGUUUGCUUGGAACCAAUUGGUCUACACAGCUCGAAAAGAUACAGGCAAUGUCGUUUGGUGAAUAAGCCUGAUUACCCUGUUAUUGAUGCACCUUUCAAAAGAGAUGCAGUUUGUUGAAAAAUAUCAUCACUGAAGUAAACGGAGCUUUGGGCCAACAGGGAUGCAAAUCCGAGGACUGCUUCACUCACGAGCAAGCAAAGUUGAAACAAGCGACCAAUUGGGGCUGUAAUGGACAAAUGUAGCAUAAGUUCUUCCUUGAAAAUUGAGGACUGUCAGUAUAAAGGAGAGAUUCAACAGAGCUGCUUGAUGUAGUGGAUCAAAUUGAGCAACUUGUUGAUAAACAGUUAUAGGCUUGGCAUGUAACACAUGGUAUUCUGAUAGCGCUUCUAGGGUUUCUAUGUGAUGUUGUAAUAGAGCAUAUUUUUCCUUGUUUCAAAUUGAGUUGCAAUAAUUUUUUGCAGUGAUCAUAAGAGUUAUAUAUUUUCAUUGCUCCUGUACAUUGUAUUCAGAUUAUGGCAACUACUGCUUGUAAUCAGGGUGCAAGUUGGCCUAUUGAAUAAUAUAUUAACUUCUUUUGGUCUUGGA